UUUACGGCAAGGGAACAAUCUUCCACAUGGCCUCCAACCUGGUUGGAGCUUGAAUGUUUGUUUGCGGGUUUAAUCGCAAAGUCUGAGUGUACAAGUUGAAAAAAGAAUCACGUUACAUCCGCAGUUAGCUCUUUAAUAAGGGCUGAAAAUGGGUAAAAGUAAAACCAAUAAAUUUAAACGUCCUCAGUUCAAUUCAGUCGGGUUGCCGGCGACUACUGUGAAGGAAGAGGACGCCGAAGAAGACUACCACGGAGAUGAUAGUUGUCCCGCUGCGGAGUUGCUGGAGAAAUUGCAGAGUCCCAGUGCAGAUGUGCGAGAGUUUGCAUGUGCCAGCAUCUCUCGGGUGGUGCAGCAGAGUCAGACCAUCCCGGUGUUCCUCCAGAGGGACGCGGUGAGGCGGCUCGGGCCUCUGCUGCUGGACAAGAGCCUGGCUGUCAGGGAGACUGCUGCUGGGGCGCUCAGGAAUCUGAGUGCAUGUGGAGGUCAAGAGGUGUGUGAGGACAUGGUGAAGCACGACGUCAUGACUCCUCUGACAGCACUGCUUAGAGAGAGCUGCGCUGGUUUUGAGAGCGCUGCUGUGGCGAUGAAAGACCAGAAGAAUGCAGUAGAGGAUGUAGCCAACGAGGCUGUGAACCUAUUGUGGAAUCUGUGUGAGAGCAGCAGUCAGUCGCUGUCUAUGUUCAACAAAGCGGGCCUUCUGGAUUUGGUUGUCCAGUGUUUGGAGAGACACCCACACAACGUGGAGCUGGCCAUAUCUGCUGCCCACUGUUUGCACACUGUGACGGAGGAUAACCCAGAGCUGCUCUGUAGCGUGAACGCUGCUGUGCUCGGAGUCGUGGAACGCGUGUUGCUGACAUCUCAGCCCGGCAUGGCACACACUCUCCUCAGGACACUGGCUGCAGGCACACUGUGGAACAUGAAGGGCAGUUUGCCUGCAGCCCGUCAGACCCAGACCCUCAACGCUGUGGUGGCCACCUUGUCACAGUGCCUGGGUCUGGACACAGGUACAGUGAUACCUGAACUCAGACAAGCAGAAGAGGCUCGUAACAGAGAUACACCAGCUGCGGCAGACUUGGAGGACCAGGCCGCAGGUGUGCUCGCUGUGGCGGAGAUGGACGAGGAGGAGGAAGCACCUAAACGCAACAGGAAUGGAAAAGCUGUGAGGGUUGAUAACGACGUCUCUGACCUUUUGCCUAGGGACAAGGAGGAGCUGAGGGAGGCAACGGCCUUGCUGACAGCCCAGCAAACGUCCUUGGAGAUCAUCGUCAACAUGUGCUGCUCCGACGACCCUUCUGACGACGAGUGGGAGGAGGAGUCGAGCAGCGAUGAAAGCGACAUGGGUCCGGAUGGCCUUUGUGACGGAGUGUCCAAUCUUAUGUCUCCUCUGUGUUUGUCGGCUGAAGUGCACGAGGCCUUAAACAACCACAGCAUCCCAGAAAAGGUCCUCAAAAAGACUGAGUUCCCCAGAAAGGAAGCUAUGGAUGUGUGCCAACAGACUCCCUCCUGGAGAAGCCUGAUAAAAAAGAUGCAGCGGGUGCAGUCCCGGGCGCUGACGUGCCUCCAUAGCAUCCUCUCCACCAUGGACGCCGAGUCUCUGGGUGGAGCGGCAGCCCUGCAGGCAGCAGCACAGCACCUUUCCACGCUGGUUUUUGGUGCAGCAGAGAUACCCAAAGACGAGGAGUUCCUGGAGGCCGUCAUAAGCGCCAUGCGCUCUCUUUUACAGAUGAUUGCCUCCAAAAAUAUCCCCCAGUGUAUGACCCCCCAGCAGCUCAUGAGUCUGAGCGAAGCUGCCACCCACUGCGACGUUGUCAGUGUGAGAGUCAACGCCGUGGCCGUUCUGGGCAUCACUGGCAGCACAUUAGCCAAAGAGAAGGGCACUGCUGAAACCCUUCAGAUGAUCGGAAACGCCUUACUUCAAGUUGCCACAAGGGACACCAACCUGGUUGUGAACGGAGAAGCCCUGGAUGCCUUGUUUGAUGUUUUUGCAGAUGGAGAGGAGGCAGAGACAGCUGCCAAAAACAUCCAGUUACUACCAGCACUGAAGGCACUUCAGCCUGUUUUCAAGGCCAAGAUUCGUAAAGAAGGACGAGGCAAGUACAGCCCCCAGCAGCUGUGUGUGCUAGACAACAUCAAAGUCAACCUGAGAAGAUUCAUCGGUUAUCUGGAGACGGUGGUGAAAAAAUAACGAUUAGACAUGUGCAAUCAGUUGGACAGAUAUGCUAACAGGAGCAUAGAACGAAGCAGAAUCUGGUCGUGAAACCAUCUAGUAUUUAUUUUAUGUUGUCAGUAUACCAUUUGUUUUUGCGCAGCCGUCAAUGUUCAUAUUCUCUAAAUAAUGAUUUACUAGUAUACUUGGUGAUGUGAAAUUUCUAUUGGUUGUUGAGAAAGAUGUGUAGAAAAUCAGAUAUUAGUUAGUUACUGCAAGUGGAGGUUAAGAGUCUUUUAAUUUGAAUUUUUUUGCUCACUUAGUUGAUAUGCAUCAUUUCACCAAAAAUGGUCGUCUGACAGACCCCCCAGUAACAUUUUUAAUCAGGUUUUGAUAUAUGUCCCCUUGAUUUUUGUCCCAUGGUUCAGUUGGUCAAACAUUGAUGUUUGCAGUUCUACUUCAAGGGGUAGGAGGAAGAGCUAUUCUAAAUGACAGGCCCCUUAAAGGAAGGAAUGUAGUAUCUGCUACAUAAUGAAAAAGAGAAGACUUUGUGUUAUGAAUAAUGUGUAACAGAAUCAGAAUUUAGUUUGGAAAGAAAUCGGCUUGCUUAAAGAGAAACACAAUAACAUUUGACUGUAAUUUCAGAAACAUACUAAGCUGAAAGGGUUCAGCAUGUUCACGGCCAAGGUUAAAAUGUAUAAAGUCAGACAUAUUAGCUUCAAGAAAUAUGCACAUAUUCUCUACCUCUGCCACUCUGAGGUCUCUCCACUUGCCAUAGAGAGUGCACACUCUGCCAGGCAACACUCUUCUACAUGGAGUGGUGACUUUUGCAGUGGAAUUUUUGUGACCUCCUCUGUCUGAGUCACCAAGACAGCCUUUCAACUUUUUACUGAACAAUUUCUUGUUGGAAAAUAAAUGAGACCACUGUUCUACAACUGUGCAGGUUUGAAUUACUUAAAUCCAGGAUAGAGCCAUCUAUUUUGCUCUGGAUCCGUAGUUUACAUUGCUUCAAGUCGCUGACAGAGUUGUAUUAUUAGUUUUCAUUAACGGUAAAUGGUAGAGAUUGAAUAGGUACUUGCACCCACAAAUGCCAUUUAAUCAAAAUGAAAAUGUCAAAAUGAAAUGUGUGAUAGUUCUUAUGUCUGAAGAGCCAGGCACAGUUCCUCUGGGUUCCCACAGCUUUUCAGGGAAAUGUUGAUAAAAAUACAUGUCAUUGCAUGUCAUUACAAACAAUUUCAAGAUUAAUCUGAGGGGAGUUAUGUCAUCAGGCUGUGAAUAAAUGCCUUUUUUGAAAUAAAUACGGAUUUC